AUGAAACCUAUUACCAUCCGCCCAGUCAGACUACAUUAUUCUGGUGUCAUUAAGGAGACCAAAAGGCUUCUACUAGCUGAAAAUGGCAAUGAUGAGCAGAAAGUCUUGGUUGUCAUUGGUGAUAUUUGCGAUGAGGAAAUUAUGAAGAAGACAGUCGACAAAACUGUGGGAAAGUUCCAUGGCUUGAAUGUGCUGGUCAACAAUGCGGGGGGAACACAUGGAGAGAUGUUCGUAAGUGAGCUAGAAGGUGAUUUGUCGGCAUUCGACUACACAUUGAAGCUCAAUACAAGAUGCGUUCUUCGCCUCUGCCAACUCGCCUACCCACAUCUUAUCGAGUCUCAGGGAGAGAUCGUGAAUGUAGGCAGUAUUGCUGGGCUCAGUAAUGGAGUCGCAACGCCGUUUCCGUUCUACAGUAUCUCGAAGGCCGCUCAAGAUCAACUCACUCGCAAUAUAGCAGUCCACUACAUCAAAAAAGGAGUUCGUGUCAAUAGUGUGAACCCUGGACUUGUAUCCACCAACAUAAUGCAGAAUCAAGGACUUACCGAUAAGGUCGUACAAGCUGCUGAAGAAAAAAUAAUUGCUGACCCUUCACGAAUCCCUUAUCAGAGAGCAGGGACACCCGAAGAAAUUGCUAAAGCCAUACUGUUCCUGGCUGACAGAACCCGUUCGGAUUACAUUAUCGGACACCAACUUGUUAUUGACGGUGGAUCAUCUCUACAAAUGGCGCUUCUCUCCGAUGGUUUCGAUAUGUUUGCGGAGGAAGCGGCGAAGGAGGUUCCUUUCGGAUAA